AUGCUCUUAACACGGGGUUCUUUAUCCCUUAUUAAGAGCUGCUCUGGCAAGCUCUUUCAUACAGUGCCGCAGACGAUGAAAGCUGCUGUGUUGACAAGUUUCUCGGAACCUCUGAAAAUCAAAGAAGUCGAGACUCCCAAACCAGGUCCCAAUGAUGUUUUAGUUAAGAAUAUUGCUUGUGGUGUAUGCCACUCGGAUUUGCACAUAGCGAAAGGAGAUUUUCCUGGACGACCUCAGUUACCUCGAAUCUUAGGUCAUGAAGGAAUUGGUGAGAUCGUCGAGUUGGGCUCGAAUGUUCGUGAUCACCUGAAAAAAGGAAAUAUUAUCGGUGUGCAAUGGUUACACAAAACCUGUCUGCAUUGUGAAUAUUGUCUGACAGGACGAGAAACACUUUGUAAACAGCAACAAAAUUCUGGUUUCUCAAUGGAUGGCGGUUUUGCAGAAUAUGUUCUGAUGGAUGCUGAUUUUGCUGUCAAACUUCCUGAUGGUAUGGAUCCGUAUACAUCCGCACCGCUCUAUUGUGCGGGUGUCACUACAUACAAAGCUCUAAAAGUGUCUAAGGUUCGAGCUGGCGAAUGGGUGUCGAUUGUAGGUGUAGGUGGUCUUGGAUCUAUCGCCGUGAGAUAUGCCGUGGCUAUGGGAAUGCGAGUGUUGACUGUUGUGGCUCCAAAUGACAAAGCUGCUGUGGAAUUGUCCAAAGCGAUGGGUGCCGAAGAAGUUUAUGAUGGUCCAAGUGAUCAGCAUGGUAAAUGGGUUCGACAAAAAGUGGAUGGUGUUCAAGCAGCAAUCAUUACUGUUCCUCUCAUUCAAGCCUAUGAGGAAGCAUUGAAGUCGGUGAAACGUGGUGGUCGUAUCGUAGCUAUUGGAUUGCCCGCCGAGAAAAUGUCUAUAUCGACCAUUGAUUUUAUUUUGCGUGAAAUCAAACUGAUUGGUACCACUGUUGGCACACGUAAAGACUUACAAGAAGCAUUGGAAUUGGCCAAAUUACCAUCAAAAGUUCUAGAUAACUUAAAAACUAUGCUUUGUGCAUCUGGUAACAUUAUAAAACCUUUAAAUGAUCUAGAAGAACGUGCAGAACAAGAAAAAGGUUCUGCAGACAAGAGUACAGCAAAAUCAGGUUUGGUACGAGAUUUUUGGGAUUUGGUAGGUCCUACCAAACGUUAA